GGUGAAAGAGGAGCGAUUACGUUAGAGGAAACCAAGUCUAGAUUUAACCUUAGCCUGAAGCUUUGAUAUGUGCUGAGAGAAGAAAAGUGUACCCUCGCCAUACUCCCAAAUACUUGCAUGAGGUGACGACCUCAAGCUCUGAACCUUCAGAGGUAGUAAUCACACCGGUGGGGAGAGGGACAUUCUUCUUACCAAACCACAUGACCUUUGUCUUGGAGGUGUUCAGAACAAGGUUAAGGGCAGAAAAAGCUUGUUGGACACUAAGAAAGCUUUGUUGUAGCGUUUAACACAAAACCCGAAGAAGGGCCAGCUGAGUAUAAGACUGUAUCAUAUGAAUAUAAAUGUAUAAGAGAGCGUCCUACUGCCUGAGCUGUUGUUUAUGUAAAUUGAGAAGAGCGUGGGGACUAGGAUCAAGCCUUGAGGUACUUCCUUGGUGACAGGCAGAGGCUGAGACAGCAGAUGUUCUGACUAUACACUGCACUCUUUCAGAGAGGUAAUUAGCAAACCAGCCCAGACACCUCAGAGAAACCAAUACUCCUUUGCUGGCCCACAGGAAUGGAAUGGUCUACCGUAUCAAAAGCUUUGGCCAAGUCAAUAAAAAAUAGCAGCACUCGAUUGCAUACCAGAGAAUACUAGACAUCAAGAAAGCCAGUCAGUUGAUUAUUGAGAAGUUUUUCCAACACUUUUGAUAAUUAGGGCAAAAUAAAAAAUAAUAAUAAAAAGAGGGUGAUUGCAGCAGAAAUACUUUUGAGGAGAUGAGAAACCCCAUUGGAAUCGUAUUUAUGCACGUCGUGUGUAAAUUUGCACAAACGUUGUCAAUUGGCCGCGCAGUGAAUUCUGGGUGAUUCCGGGACAGGGAGAUCUCUCCAUCAAGGAGUAAAUGGGAGUUAUUUGGGCGUUUGCUCAAAAAAAACCAUUAGCAUGAUUUACGUGAACAAGAGGUAUAACGUUACAAAUCUUUUCCGAUAUAUGUGAUUAUGAACUUGUUCUCUGCAAUAUCGUAUAGCUUUGAAAUCGUGACAUUGCGUUCUUUCGAAGAAAAUGAGCACGUUUCUCGACUCAUACCCUGGCUUUUAGAAGGGAUUAGUUUAGCAACCGCGUGACGCAGCAUGAUAACGUGAACGCGAUUGGUCAACAGUCUGCUGGGCGGAGCGUUAUGUUUCUCCAUUCAUUUCCCGCAGGGAUUCUUAUCUCUUCCUUUAAUUAAGAAAUAUAUAUGCAAUUCAAGAGGCUUUAUUUGCAUGGGUUAUAUGUUAACAUUGCCAAAGCAAGUGAAAUUGAAAAACAAAAGUGAAAUAAACAAAGUGAACAGUAAAUAUUACACUCACACAAGUUCCAAAAGAAUAAAGACAUUUCAUAUGUCAUAUUAUGUCUAUAUACAGUGUUGUAAUAUCUCUGAUUGCAGAGUUGUAACAAUAUCUAUUGGUUGCAGUUAGAGAGCAGUGACGUGAGCGGUACAGCUGAUCGGGCGAUAACCGGGCACUGAGGCAGACGAGCAGUCAGCUCAGCUCGUUCGCCUGGGAUGUUUUUUGUGAUGUUACCAAGACAAAGAUACACAACUACAGAGAAAAGAGGAUGAAAAGAACAUGAUUACCACCGAUGGCCUCUCUAAAUGUGAGGCGACACGGCGCAAGACGGGGAAAAGGCCACUGGGGGAGAUGCUGCACCUUCUGUCCGCUGUCAUUGUCUGGCUUGUGACGGGGACAACUAUCUCCAGUCUUAACAAAUGGAUAUUUGCAGUGUACAACUUCAGGUACCCCUUACUGCUAUCGGCCCUGCACAUGUUGACAGCAAUAGUGGUGGACUUUUGGCUUAUUAAACUUCGAAUGCUCCAGCACAAAGGCGGUGUUGACAAGCAUAAGGACCUUACCAACAGCGCCAAAUGGAAGGUGUUUCUAUUGAGCUUGACAUUUUGUGCCAGCAUUGCGUUUGGCAACGUGGGUCUGAACUAUGUCCAGCUGUCAUUUGCCCAAAUUAUCUACACCACCACGCCAAUCUUCACCCUGGCGAUUUCCACCCUUAUCUUGGGCAAGCAGCAUCACAUCCUCAAAUACACGGCCAUGAUGCCCAUCUGUCUGGGAGCCUCGUUCAGCAUCAUGGGCGAGGUCCAGUAUGACCAGACCGGUUGCUUCUUCGUUUUCGCUGCGACAAUGUUGAGAGGUGUCAAAACCAUCCAGCAAAGUAUCUUGCUCCAGGAGGAGAAGAUCAACUCUGUGUUCCUGCUCUACCUGAUGUCCAUCCCCAGUUUCUGCAUCCUGGCCGUAGCUGCUCUGGCCCUGGAGAACUGGGCCGUGCUAGAGUCUCCAAUGCAUUAUGACCACAACUUGUGGCUCUUCAUCCUGCUCAGCUGCCUGGGCUCUGUCAUGUACAACCUGGCCAGCUGCUGCGUCAUAACCCUCACCUCCGCCGUCACCCUGCACAUCCUCGGCAACCUGAGCGUGGUGGGCAACCUGCUGCUCUCCCAGCUGCUGUUCGGCAACGAGAUGUCAGCGCUCAGCUGCGUCGGCGUGGCACUCACACUCUCCGGCAUGCUCAUCUACCAGAACUCUGAAUUUAUCUCAGACUACAUGGACGCACGGCGAGACAAAGCCAGGGCGCUCAUUCGUGGGAGGGAGGAGGACAUCGCUGGCCCAUCACAACCCCCCCAAGACCAGCAGGGGAGCAGGGAUGCUGAUGGCAAGCGAGAGGACAAGAUAGACUGAGAGAGGAGGAGGAUAGGAGUUGGACUGUUUACAGCAACCCUGUUGCUUAGUUAAGUCAGGUGGUUCUGUGGAGAGGAUCAGGAGAUGGGCUUCAACCUCAUGAGGUCAUAGUUGAUGAUGACAUGAGUGACAGAACUUGUUUGUUGGGUCGUUUUUACCUCUUCACUGUGCCAAUGUAUUUAUUUCUGCCAUGGUCUCAUAGAAGUCAGUCUAGGCCAGCUGACAAAAAAAAUCUGAUGCCUUUCUGAAAGUGACAGUUGAGUUUUCACUGUUCUAAUACCCAUACGUGCACACAUCCUGGUAUAUGCAUGCAUGAGCACACAAUGUGAUAUAUCUCAUGAGGUGUCGCUCUCACUACUCCACUGUGAAAAUGUUCAACAUGAGUGAGUGCUCAACGGGAUGUUGGGAGGGAAGGACUAGGAACACCUCCUAUAGAUUGGCACAAAUAAAAUAAAAAAUAAGCAUGGUACUGUUACCUAUCCUGGUCUUGUAUCAGUGUGAAUGAGGUUUCCUGGCAGCUUUUUACGUGGUGGAUCUUAAUAUGGGGGGUGUAGCAUUUGUUCUAGUGCUAUAGCUUUUGUUUAGAUGACAUUUACAAUGGCGGAGACCUGCAUGCAAGCGAACAGGGUCGGCAUAUCAUUUCUGUUGGCUGUUUGUAGGCAUGGAGGUCAGUGAGCCACACUGUUAAUCUACUGCAUGGUGAAGCGCAGAUCUGAGGCAAGCACUUUGUCCUGCUCAGCGACUUCUUAUUGCAUUUCCUCUUAAUAAAAGGAACCUAAUUAUAAUCAGUUUAAUAACCUCCAACCUGAACAGCAGUUAUCACUGCAGAAAACCUCUAUUAUUAGGCCCAUUCACUCUAAGGAGUCUCACUCAUCUUUAGUACAGUUCUUUUCUUCUGGGAGAGAUCAUAAAAAUGAUUUCAUGAUCCUCCUUCCUGCCGCUCCUGGGCCGAACAGAAAUGAAACCUGGCAGAGUAGACAUGUCUCCACUCAGAGGGUGCCUCUAUGUUUAACCUUUUACGUUUGGUCUGCCUUAACCUCUGCUGGACAGUGUUAUUGUAACUCCCAUUACAAUACAUUUUAAUAUUUAUUAAGACAUUUUAGUUUUAUUGUUUAUUUGUCUUCUGCUUUUUGAAUUGGGUAAGGGACAUUGCUGUUUUAUAGGUCUUAGAAAGGACAAAGGAUGUUUUAGUUUUGCCAUCUACGUAAAAAAACAAAACAUGUAAUUUGAAGUUUGAAAGCAAUUACGGUAUCUUGUCUAUAGCAGGGUUUCCCAAAGUUGGUCAUUGACUUCUUGGUUUAGCUUCUGUUCAGCCUCGGAUAGACACUGGACAACAAAGUUGCUCUCUAAUGGGAAAUGGUUAUAUAUAUUUUGUUACCCACCUGUUCUUUUUUUCCCCUAAUAUGUUGCCAUAUGCACAGCAGUAGACACAGAAUGAUUUGUUGCCAGCCUCGACCUGAUAAAUGAGACGUUGGAAUGAAGAUCAGAUUCAUGCCAGUCACCCAUUUGUUUUAACAUUUGAGAGGGUCUUGUUAUUGAUGUUAGUUUAAAUACCUCAGUCUUCAACAUGGCUUGUUAAAGACCAUUUGUUUAAUGACUUAUGUAAGUUAGCAGUUGAAGAGAGAUCAAGCAGCUGAAAGCAUGUCUGCCCACAACCACGGUUUGUCAACUGUUUAUAAUCUGUUAAAUUGCCUACUGUUUUUAAAAGCCAAUUUGGUUUAGUACCUUUGGAUUGACAAUGAGGGCUUUUCAAUCACACAGCCCUUAGAAUCAUAAAACACGGGACGAGAUGUUAAAAACUGUCCAUUGUGCCAAUAGAUGGAAUGCACUCGCAUGAGAUUUGCCGUGAUGUUGACAGAGUGGCAUGGGAGGUUUAUUUCUUAGACUGGGGUAAGAUGUCAAUUUUUGGGACACAUCCUCAGUAGUAUAUAUAUAUAUAUAUAUAUAUAUGACUGUACCAGCUUCACAGAUCGUAGUUUGAUUUGUUCAUACGGAGUUAUCUUUGAGGGUGGGGCAAAGCUCAUCUUGCACUGACGAGUUUUGGAGAUGCUGCCUUUACAGCAUCGGGCUCAUGUGUAUGUACUGUUUUUGAUGUCUGCAAAAGUUAAAUGUAAAUCAUUGUAUUAUAUUAAUGUAUUUUACAAUCAUGGCUGGCUCAAAUAUAUACUGGUUCAAGAA